AUGCUUCGCAGCUCGUCGGACGUGAGACAGCAGAGAUCUCAGUCGGGCACCUCCUCUUUCGUAGCCAGCGUUAACAGAUGUGGGAGCACCAAGCAGUGGAGUGCAGCACUGCAGCUGUUCCGAGGGGUGUCGCAGCUGCGAGCUCAAGCCAGCAUUGUUCUCUACAGCGUUGUCGUCAACGCAUGUGGAAAAGGUGGGCAGUGGCAAAAUGCGCUCUCACUGCUCUGCGAAGCACUCGAGGUGGGGUUGCAGCCAGACGUAGUCUUUUUCAACGGUGGAAUCAGCGCGUGCGAGAAAUGCGGGAGGUGGGAGCAGGCGUUGGGGCUCCUCGGCGAUCUGCGGGACGCGCACUUGGAACCAGACGUCGUCAGCUACAGCGCCGGAAUGAGCGCUUGCGAAAAAGGUCAGCAGUGGCAGCGUGCGUUGUCGCUGCUGAGGGAGCUGAUGGCAGCGACGUUGGAGCCCAACGCUGUCAGCUACAGCGCCGCAAUGAGCGCGUGCGAGAAAGGUGGAUGUUGGCAUCUGGCGUUGUCACUGCUCAGCGAGUUGUGGCAGGCAAAAAUAGAGGCAGAUACUAUCAGCUACAGUGCUGGCAUCAGCGCGUGCGAGAAAGGAGGUCAGUGGCAGUGGGCACUCUCGUUGCUGAAAGAGCUGUGGGAUACAGAAUUGGAGCCAGACGUCAUCAGCUGCAACGCUGCAAUCAGCACGUGCGAAAAAAGUGGACAGUGGCAGCGCGCGCUGUCGUUGUUCAGCGAUCUGCGGGAGGCGAUGCUGAAGCCCAGUGUCGUCACGUUCGGCGCCGGAAUCAGUGCGUGCGAGAAAGGCUCGCAGUGGCAGCAGGCAUUGAUCUUGCUUGGCGAGUUAGGGGAUGCCAAAGUAGAGCCUAAUGUCAUCGUCUACGGUGCGACAAUCAGCGCGUGCGAGAAAGGCGGGCAAUGGCAGCACGCGUUGACUUUGAUGGGCGAGCAAAGGGAGGGAAGAUUGGAGCCCGACGUCAUCAGCUACAGCGCUGUGAUCAGCGCGUGCGAGAAGGGCGAGCAGUGGCAGCGGGCGCUGGCGGUGCUGAGCGAGAUGUGGGAGGUGAAGUUGGAGCCCGACGUCAUCUUUACUACAUUGCAGGCACACCGCGUGCGAGAAGGGCGGGCAGUGGCAGAGGGCGCUGUGGCUGCUGGGCGGGAUGCUGGCGGCGGGCCUGCGGCCAGACGCCACCAGCUUCAACGCCGCGAUCAGCGCGUGCGAGAAGGGGGGCGGGCAGUGGCAGCACGCGCUGUCGCUGCUCCGGGGACUGCGUGGGGCGCGGCUGCGGCCCGACGUCGUCAGCUACUGCGCCGCUGCAAGCGCGUUCGAGAAGAGCGACCAAUGGGAGAGGACUUUGGCUCUGCUCAGGGAGGUGCGGGAAGCGCAGCUGGAGCCAGACGCGAUUCAUCUACAGUGCUGGGAUCAGCGCGUGCGAGAAGUGCGAGCAAUAGCGGUAGACUCCGUCGCCGUUCGAGGAGAAGGAGGACGAGGCUUCCCGGCGACGCUGCGGGCCGACGCAACGGCCGAGGACGGCAGCGCGUCUCUGGCGAGGAGGCCGUCCCGGACGCCGUGCGCCGGGCCGGAAGGAGAUGUCCGCCUCCUGCGCGGUGUCCGACUCGGGCGACGUGGCGGUGUGAUACCGCGCGGGCCCGGUUUGCCCGACGCCGCGGCCGUGCCCGCUGCCGGGGCGGCGCCCUCCCGCCUCGCUCAAGUCACGGCCGCUGCCCUCCCGUGCCCGCAAGGCGCACACACCAUGAGACCAUUUCUUUAUGGGAGUCCUAA